AUAAACAUCAUACUCAACUCUUCAAUUUCAUCCUCAUCAUUUAUCAAUUUAUUAUUAUUCCACCAUGAACAAAUCAAGCGAUUACAAACGCGUAUUCGAUCACUUCGAUGCAGACCACAAUGGCAUCAUCUCUCUGUCUGAGUUGCAACGCUGCGUCGGGUUGAUUCACCACGACGAAAUUUUAAUCGAAGAAGUACAGAUUGUGAUGGAAUCAUUAUACGGAAGUGAAGGACAGUUAGGAUUUGAGGAUUUUAUUAGUUUGGUGGAAAGUGACAAGGAAGAUGAGAAACUUGAGGAUUUGAAAAAGGCUUUUAGAAUGUAUGAAAUGGAUGGAACCGAUUGUAUCACUCCAAAGAGUUUGAAGCGGAUGCCGAGUCGACUCGGUGAGUCAACAAGAGUUGAUGAAUGUGUUGGUAUGAUUAGGCAGUUUGAUCUUAAUGGUGAUGGAGUGCUUAACUUUGAUGAGUUUAAAGCUAUGAUGCUUUGAAAAUUUCAUGAAGAAGAAGCAUAAAUUUAGAUCUUUGUGGUUGGAUUUGGAUACUUGUUUGUAAAUUAUUAUUUAUAUUAUUUGUUAGAGUAAAUUAUGUUUUUGGCCCC